AUGUCAGUGCAAUUUGAUGAUGUUGAUAUUCCAAUAAACGCAGAAAAACAAAUCGAACUUCAAGACUUCUUAAGUAAUCUCAGUCCAAAUAACGUGGAUAACACUGCUGACAGCAUAUUAGAAUCAAAUUUUGUUGAAGAUCAGGAUAUACUCUACGAAUUAUGCACAGAAAUCAAGACAAUUCAUAGAGUUAGACCAUUUUCUACAGCUUGUUUCUCAAAACUCAUCAAACAUAUUUCAGAUAAAUUGCCAAAUGCAAACAUAAUUUCUCAUAUUUUCGAGCCUGAGCGUCCAAUAUUUAAUCAAGAUAUCGUUUUAUUGAAUCAAUGCUUCCAAGAUGGAAUUGUUUCUGAAGAAUUUAUUGUCAAUUUCCACAAACAUCUUUCUAACCGUACAUUAGCUUACGCUCUAUAUUUUACUCCUUAUAUAAAGUACUUUGACGAUUACAUUAAAGCUAGAACUCAUUACCAUGAUGAUCGUUUUCAAGAGGUUUUACAAAAUUAUGAAAAGUACAGCGCAAAUGAUUUCGAGAUACUUAGAAAUUGCAUCGAAUUCGGAUGGGAUGUAGGUUCAUUAGGAUAUAUCAUAAAAUUUGAUGAAUCUGACAAAUUUAUUGUGAAAAUAGCUGAACUAGACAAUUGCACUUGCAUUACUUUAUACUCACCAUUUGAGUAUCUCAUAGAAAAGCCAGUUUAUAUCUUUAACCUUGCCGCUUUGUACGGAUCUGUUUCGAUAUUUAAAUAUCUCAUUGCUUCAUCAGCAACGCUACCACUCGAUCUUCCAAAAUAUGCAAUAAUGGGCGGUAACUACGAAAUUAUUCGACUUUGCAUGCAAGCCGGUUUAGAUUUUUCAGAUUCAAUUAAUACAGCCGUUGAAUAUCAUAGAAAUGAAAUUUUCAACUGGCUAACAGUAAACGGCAUAGCUGCAUCAACAUUUUAUUCGAGCGUCAUGAAAGACAACUUAUUAGCUUUAAUUUACUUUAUUUCUCAAGGAUUUAAUGUAAAAUUCAACGAGAAUGAAUGGUCAACUCCAUUACAUAUGGCUGUAUCAUAUGGAUCUAGUGCUGUCAUAGACUUUUUGAUCUCAUCAGGUUGUGAUUGGAAAGCUGUUGAUGAAAAUGGAUGGAGACCACUUGAUCUUGCAGAUUCCGAGUAUCAGAAACAUUUUAUUAACCAUUGUAUUAAUCGUGAGCUUUUGGCUUAG